AUGGACGGCACAAGGUGUGCGGAAGCAGUGGAGACGCUGUUGCAUACAUGCUCGCGAGGCGGGGAUCGCGAGGACGUGGCUCGGUUAUUGUUGCUGCAGCAAAUUGCGACGGGGCGAGUGAGUGACGUGGACGAGGCUGUCGAGGAAGUGGAUGGUGCGAGUGUUAUUGAUGAAGUGUUUUCUCUAGGGAAAGCUCACGGGAUUGCACCACCCCGCACCAUCCCGCCGUCCCCCUCCACCAUUGGAGCUAAAGAACUGUGGGAGGCCUUUCCCUCGUGGUGUCGUGACACCGCGUUAGGUCGUCGACGCUGCGGCGACGACUCCCUCAGCAGGCGUUCCUUUGUCUGUGGCGCAUGGAAUUCAGGAGGCGUCGCUGGUGAUUUGCGUUUUCGGAGCACCUGCAGACGGACAACUGUUUAUCGAAGUCCAUGGUUCCGUCGCUACCAACUUCCUUUGGGGACUCUGGGCAACGAUGCCGAUGCCAACAACCACAGCGACAGCAACGGCAAGACUGACGCAGCACGUACUGCUCACUCACUUGAGGAGGAGGCCAACGCCAUUGAGGAAGCCCAGAAUGAGGGGAGACUGACGGAAACAUGGAACUAUGGGAACAUGGGCGUCAUCAUCACGGAGUUUGAGCAGCGGCUAAAUCAAAGACUAGAGAAGUACGGUACUCAGUACUUCUACACACCUGGUGACUCAGCUUGUACCGAAACAGAAUCGCUUCUUUCCUGUCCCUGGGCUACGAGUGCGUUUGUGAGGAAUUCAUCCUCCGCCGAGGAUGUGAGGUCCGGUAUUGUGACGUUGGAGGUGGUGGUGCUGACGUGCGUUGACACUGCAGAGGAGCAACCAUUGCGGGCAGCGGCGUCUCUCUUUGACGGCUAUGAAGUCUUUGGAGAGGAUGAGUGGCUAUAUUUUCCCGAAACGAGUGCCAACAGCUAUUCAAAAAGGAGGUGGUCUGCCGGACACUCCUUUCAGUUGCGAGUGGGCCCUACGGAGCUGCAGAUUCGCCAUGACAGUGCAUAUCUCAUUGCAAACUGCAAACAUCCGUGCGAUCGUGGCGUGGGGGAUGUUGUUAAUGGCCGCAGCCGUAUAUGGCUUUUUUACAAGAGUCACAGGCGUCCAGAGACGUCGCCGGUUCCCCGACAACGAUGCAGAAAGGAUGAUUUGGCCACCGCUUCGUCAAAGGGAGGCGCGCCGGGCGAUGCCCUGUUGGAGACACUUGAUCUGGAUGCUAUUGUAACUCUGUUGUGUGCUUCUGUGGAAACGAGUGACAACGCCGUGGUUUCGCUAGCCGUGACGCCUGUCGUGCGUGUUACUUUGCCACUGGUGGCACCAUCGCCAGGGCGAGUGUGGGAGAAGUCGCUGCAAGAGGGAUCUGCUUUGGUUGCUGCUGCGGGAAUGGACGUGGCGGCGAUGGUGUGCAAUCAGGGCGGGAGGAGCUGA